CCACUCGAGGUAGAAGGCCGAAUCCGCUUCCCAGUAGGCGCGACAUCAGUAUAGCUAACACGAUCCCGCCUCACAGCAGGUGUUGCAUCUUCAAAUCACAAACGUCGCCUUGAGUUAAAACACUCAAGUCGUGGGGGCCGCCCUCCCUAGCACAUAGCUAACGCCUAAUAUUCAGCCAACAACUCACACUUAACAUGCACACAAGCUCAUGCCCAUCUCGCGGUCCAACAACUUAACUCAUACAGCUCAUAGUUACAGCCUACAUAUUAGCACGCUCGGCAAUGGGCUAGUGGGGAAAUCUUAAAUGACUUAAGAGCUCUAACUCAAGACAUCGAAUGCUAAACAAAGAAGCAAAGACGAUGACCGCACAAGUGGCAAACCACAUCGUGCGAACUCGCAAGCGUCCAAUCAACUCGGGGGUGUCCAUCACCGGGAGGCAUCCUGUAACCCGGAGGCGUCCAUCACUGAGAGGCGUCUCGUCCAUCGGGAGGCGUCCAUCACCAGGGGCAUCCAUCACCAAGCAAUGGUCACACAAGGGGCAAAACUGCAUCGUGCAGACUCGCAAGUAGGGCAAGUUAAUACACCUUAACGCAUUAUUUUACUACUUCCAUUCUUAUAGAAUACAAGAAGCAAAGGGGCAAAUGUUGGGUCUAGUUUUAACCCGCCUAAUACGGGCCCAAGCCCACCACAAAGCGUCUCACCUUGGGCCCAAGCCCAUUAUAGGGUCCAGUACACCGGGAGGCAUCUAGUCCACCCGGGGGCGUCCUUUACCCGAAGGCGUCCAUCACCGGGAGGCGUCCAGUCUACCGGGGGUGUCCAUUACAACAGGAGGCGCCCACCACCGGGAGGCGUCCACUGGAUGCCUCCGACUCCUAUAUAAGGAGGCCAGACCCUCCAAGCAAAAGGACUUCUCUCCCUUCCCUCACUUUACAACUUAUGGUUCUCUCUCUAAACCCUAUCUCUCUCUACAUUCUCUACACUCUAUCAUAUAUCCUAUUCUAACUUGACUGUCAGAGUGUAGAUCACGGGGGCCGCCCCCGACUCUCCACAGGAUUCUACCACUCCCGAGGAGAUCAGACGAGGGAGUCCGAAUCAAGGUUCCACACUAAUCUCUCGUCACUAAACCGGGUCAAACAAUUCCCUUAUAACUCACGGUAGCAAGAAGGAUACAAUAGAGAAAGGAAGAAGCAGCAAGCAAGAAGGAAGAUGCCUAGAAGGCAGAUAUGUACAGUCCCAAAUGCAGAGCAUCGAGAUUCAUAAAGGGCUUUUAGUAUUCGAGCGGCAAGGGAUGCUCCCUCAGCGGAGGCCGAACGAGCUAAAAGCUCUUCCCAACACACAACAGACACGACCUAUCGUUUUGGGUGAGUAUCGGCCUAAAGCUCAUGAGGAAGAAGACGGAUGCAGGGUUUUGAUUUGUAUGAGAUUCGAGUAGCAUUUUCUAAUUUUGUGGAAGGAGAAUUAUUGAAUCAAUUUCUACAAAGAGAGACAGAAAUGAAGUCGUCCAGGCCUAACUUUGUACCCAAAAAAAUAAAGAAACAAAAUGCCUAGCUCCAAUAUUGCGGUCUUUGGCGGCCGCUUAAUAGCUUUCUCCACCACUUAGGUGGUAUCUAUGAGGUGUUCCACGCUAUUGCCAUAAGCGAGACACUCUCUCAACGCUUUGCGCUUUAUUAAGCCUAGGCGCUCCACCGCUUAGGCGGUAUCUAUUAGGUGUUAAGCGCGCCUAGCGCUUUAUUCCACGCUAUUGCCAUAAGCGAGACGCUCUCUCAAUCCUUUGCGCUUUAUUAAGCUUAGGCGAGCGCCUAGGCGCGCUUUCUUGAACCAUGAUUAUAACAAGUAUUUGUAAAAUCGUACUAUUGAGGCGGUCCGAUCAAAAAUCUCGUACCAUAAGUUAAAUUAGGGAACGGUUUUAACGAUAUGAAAUAGUUAAAUCAAGUUUUCAGCAUGAAAUAUUCUAUUGUUGACUUUUAUGGUACAAUGUCCAUUACGAUUUUACAAUUUUGAUUAUACCCAUAUUAAAAUGUUAUAGAAUAU